UCUCCAUUAAUUUGAGCGAGGAUGAAAGAUUUGUGGAUGAGAAAAGUGAAAGUGAAGGACGAGAAGAAAAUAAAUUUAAAAAAAAAGACCAGGGCAGUGGGAGUGAUUCAGCUGUUAUUAGACACAUUUACUAUGAUAAUUCUGGAAAAUCCCUUAUCUGCUCAUUGUGUUACUAUUGUUUUAGUGAGAUUAUAUGGUCAUACCUGAAAGUCAGAGGGGUGUGGUGACCGCCAGUGUCGCUGAGGGAAGCCACGGAGGAGCCAAGAAAGUUGCAGCUGCCUCUUUGACAGGUGCAAGAGGAACGACACAAGCUCCGCUCAUGUUUACGAGGUCGCCAUUCUUGAGAGGUCCGCAGCCUGCCGUCUUCAAGCUGCCGUCUACCAUGACGACAUUACAAGCUGCACGGUGAGCCGCAGGGGCGUCACGGACAUCGUUACACUUGGCGUUGCCGCCAUCUUGAAGCAUCCCGUCAUGCAUCUGGAGGUGAAGGUUGCCCUCAACUUCAUCGUGUCCUACUUGUACAACAAGCUGCCUCGUCGUCGAGCCGACCUCUUCGGAGAGGAACUGGAGAAGAUCCUGGUGUCUCGCUUUGAGGGUCACUGGUACCCGGAGGACCCCCUUCGAGGUUCCGCCUUCCGCUGCCUCCACCUGGGUGCCCCCCGGGACCCGGUGGUGGAGUUGGCCGCAAAGAGAAGCGGCCUGGACACCGAUGAAGUGCGCGCCAACGUCCCUGAGGAACUCAGCGUGUGGAUCGACCCGUUUGAGGUGUCCUACCAGAUCGGAGAGAACGGGGGGGUGAAGGUGCUCUACCUGGAGGACCUCAGCGGCGAUGCAGCACGGCCUGAGGGGUUGACAAGCGACGCUAAAGGAGACGCCGACAUAGAAGAGACAAAGAAUCAGGGCUUCAAUCCAGACGCUCAGGUAUUUAUUCCCAUUGGAAAGCAGUCAUCUCCUUCAAUGAUGUCGUCGCUCUCCAGCUCGCCCACUCCGCCCAGCACUCACCCCUGCCCGGGGCUCUUUGGCUCGCCUUCCGCCCACUCCUCCAACACCUCCACCCCUUCUCCGCCCUACGCCGCACCUCAGCAGCCCGCUUUGCGUCCUCAACCCAUCACCUUUACCACGGCCGCCUUCGCCGCCACCAAAUUCGGCUCCACCAAGAUGAAGAAAAGCGGCCCGGCGGCAGUGCCGCCCGCCCCCGCCGCCCACUCUCCCACCGCCACCUUGGCUCCGGAGCUGCUCAAGCACAAGCCGCUGUCUCUGUCCAUGCACUCGCUCGGGGGUCCCGUCCCCAGCCAGCUGUCCCCCAACGCCAAAGAGUUUGUCUACUCCCCCGGUCCUCUCUACUUUGACGCCGAGGCCUCUUUUGACCCUUUCGCCAGCCCACCGCCACCAUCCCAAAGUAUGAACAUCAUGGGCGCCAACGGCGAGAUCUCCUACAUGGAGAAGCCGCCGUUUGUGGAGGCUUUAGGAAGCUACAAGCUGCAGUAUCCCAGCCGGGCCUUCCAGCCUGUGGUGCUGGCCAACUGAGCAUCCACUCCUUCCAAAACUGAACUUUCUACAAGGUUCCGGUCCCAUUCUGGGUCCUGAAGGGGUUUUCGCUGUUAGUCACGAAGGUUGUGCUCUGGAAGAAAAGAGCUCUGCAGCCUGCCGGGUUGUUUCUAGAAAGGGACAACUUCCAAUAAUUCAUCCCUCGGGGGGGCUGCAGGAAGCCAAGGCUUUCUUUGCAUUUGAAGUAGCCGGCACUCGCGUCUGGAUACCUGCAAGUAGCCGGCACUCGCGUCUGGAUACCUGCAAGUAGCCGGCACUCGCGCCUGGAUACCUGCAGUGGUGUGCGCUCACAGCCAAAACAGACUCAUCCCGUCGUCUUUGCAGGAGAGCAAGGGGGGUUGAGUAUGUGGGGCUCAGAAACGGGUGUCAAACUCAAACCCAGGGUCCAAAUCUGGCCUGCCACAUGAAUUAAAGUGGCCUGCCGCAUUACUUAAUAUAGCUGGCCGCCUCAUUUCAUUCGGCCUGUUGCAUUAUUUAAAAUGGCCUGCCGCAUGCAGCGCUAUUUAAAAGGCAUCAUUGAUGUGGCCCCUUGGCAAUAUCUGCAUUAUUUCAUAUAGCUGACCUACCGCAUUAUUUUGUGGUAAGCUGCUUUAUUUAAAACUUUAUUUUGUGGUGUACAGCAUUAUUUGAAAACAUCCAGCUGCUUCUUUCUUGGCAUUAUUUAAAGUGGUCCGCCGCAUUAUUUCAUAUAGCUGGUCGCGUUAUUUCAUGUGGCCUGCUGCGUUAUUUAAUUCGGCCUGCCCCAUUAUUUCAUGUAGCUGGCCAUUUCAAUUUAUGUGGCCCACUGCAUCAUUUUGUGGUACCUUGCAUCAUUAUAUGUGGCCCUACGCA